UCCUAUAGUUAAUAGCUAAUUUUUGUCAGAGGCGGUCGCUUGCUAGCUAGCUGCAUAACAGGUUGAGUGCCCUGUCAGCUUUUAGUAGGAGGUACACAGGCACGACCGGCUACUGGACAGUAGGACAUCAAAUAUCGGUCAAGAGCCACCUGUCCGGGUGGUGAUUAAACUUGCCCCCAUACUUGCUGGUCCAGUUGACUAGAAAGUCAACUUAAUUGUGUAAACCGAAGUUAGAAAACCUCGGUCUGUCACAGCGUCAAUUUAACCUUUAAAGAAAUUAGGGUCGUUGUUUGACUUUAACAGUAGGGCAUGAAACCCUGUUGUGCUACAGCCUAAACGCUUGAAUCCAUAGUUGAUUUGUGAAACGACAAACUAGCUACUGGGAGAAGGGGCGUUGCUAGAUGGCGGUAGUGUACAUCCAGGCGGUGUAUGAUGUCCGAUAAUGGAACCACUGACUUGAAACCACUUGAUAAGCUACGGUUUCAUCUGUCCUUUGGCCACACACGUGUUUACAGUGAAUGAAACACAGAUACACCCCUGUAUCUCGAAGAAUUGCAUUAUAUAGCUGGCAAACUAGGUUUAGUGAUACUAAUGCGAACGGGUUGUUGUUGUGACCGAUGUACGUUAACCAGCGUGCUUUAGCAUCCGCGCUUUGUAACUUACUUGAGCUAACGCUAGCUACUAUGCCAUAUGGUGUAGCUAUAAGCAUUGAUUAGCGUGGUUUGGUUACAAUUGGAUUAACAGGACGUCUGUCCUUCGCUAAAAUCACGUUUCAAAACAUUGUAGUAGCGUCAGUUUAGCGUACCUUUAUAUAUGGUUAACGUUUGUGUUUAACAUAGUGUAUUACAUUAAUUUAGUGGCUGUUGGUUGUUACAACUCACAUUUUUAGAGUACAUACAGCUCACAGAACGAGAGACUGGGACUGUUGUGGAGAUUAGAGCGGAUCUCCACAACAGUCCCAUGUGCCUGCUUUGGGAAAGUUAAUUGCCCACCUGUGUAUUAGCUGGAUAAAUCGCUAGUUGCAGACUUUAUAGCCAGUGCCAUGCAGUAUUUGUGAAAUUUAGUGAAAUCCAUUUCUUUAAAACACCAUCACCAGCACACUUAUGUCCAUCCUGUGGAUAGAGGUGGACAUACCAAAACAAGUAAAGAAACGGCCCACUGAUGGCUAACCCCACCCCUCAGCUUGAUGUGCUGUGAUACAAGAGUGGACCAGAAAGACUGUAGUCAACAGCCAUGGAGGACACCCAGCAGAAACCUGCAAACCCGGAGCAGAGUCCUGCACCCAGUCCGGCGCCUAGUCCAGCUCCCAGCCCACUACUGGACAGAAUUGCUUUACCUGCGCCAAACCACGUGGAGCACCUAAAUGUGAACCAGAUCCAGGUGGUGGUGCGUCGCUGCUCUAGUCCAAACGUAACAGAGGAGACCACCUAUUUUAUUCCUCGUAACCCCGUAGUGGACGCCGGUACCAACACAGAUCCACCAGUGGUCUGUUGUCCUUUGCUGCGCAGAUUUUGCCCCUGUCCGCCAAGAGGCUUUCUCGCCUCCCUCAUUACCAAAGUUCUUUUGGCAGUUGUGCUCUUUGGAGUGGUUUGGUCAAUCACAGAGGAUGAAUGUCUCCCUGGAGGAAACCUCUUUGGCAUCACAAUACUCUUCAUUUGUGCAGUUGUUGGUGGAAAAUUGGUGUCUCUCAUUCAUCUGCCCAAACUUCCACCGUUCCCACCACUCCUUGGUAUGCUGCUCAUGGGCUUCCUGCUGAGGAACAUUCCAGUUGUGACAGAUGGGGUGUACAUUGACUUCAGAUGGUCUGCAUCACUCAGGAACAUUGCUCUGGCUGUCAUUCUGGCCAGAGCUGGUCUAGGGUUGGAUCCCACGGCUCUAAGGAAACUAAAAGUUGUGUGUAUACGUGUGGCAGCUGGGCCAUGCUUGAUAGAGGCUUGCACCACAGCUGUAAUUUCUCACUUCCUCAUGGGCUUGCCCUGGGUGUGGGGCUUCAUCCUUGGCUUUGUGCUAGGAGCUGUGUCUCCAGCAGUGGUGGUUCCCUCCAUGCUGCUGCUGCAGAAGGACGGUUACGGUGUAGAGAAGGGCAUCCCCACCCUGCUGAUGGCUGCAGGCAGCUUUGAUGACAUUCUUGCAAUCACAGGGUUCACAACAUGCUUGGGCAUGGCCUUCAGCACAGGUUCAACUUGGUACAGCCUCCUCAGAGGGGUACUGGAGGUGGCAGGAGGGAUGGUCGCUGGGAUUCUUCUUGGUUUUCUCAUCCAGUACUUCCCUAGUGUUGACCAGAAACACUUAGUGAUGAAGCGUUCCUUCUUGGUGCUGGGUCUGUCUGUCUUUGCCGUGUUUGGCAGCGGUGUGGCAGGUUUUCCUGGCUCUGGAGGCCUGUGCACCUUGGUGCUGGCAUUCCUGGCUGGCCUCGGCUGGGGGACAGAAAAGGCACGUGUGGAGGAAGUGGUAGGAUGGGCGUGGGAUGUGUUUCAGCCUCUUCUCUUUGGACUAAUAGGAGCCGAGAUUCGAGUCUCUGAGUUGGAGGGACACACAGUUGGUCUGGGUAUAGCCACUCUCCUCAUUGGUCUGCUGGUUAGAGUGGGGUUCACCUUUGUCUGUGUGUUGUUUGCGGGCUUUAACAUGAAGGAAAAAGUGUUCAUCGCCCUAGCAUGGAUGCCUAAAGCAACAGUGCAGGCAGCUAUAGGAUCCACAGCUUUGGACAUGGCGAGGACAAAGGAUAACACGGAGAUGCAGGAAUACGGCAUGAACGUGCUGACUGUGGCUGUGCUCGCCAUCCUUCUCACAGCUCCUGUAGGUGCACUUACCAUAGGGCUCUGUGGACCUCGCCUGCUGCAGAAACCUGAGAACCCAAUCAGCGGUGAGCGAGUCAAACCCAAUUUAUCAGCUUUCUUCUUAGGCAUCGCAGCAGGAGAUCAACAUGACAAUGAAACUCCCAUCACCUAUGAAAGUACACUCUGAUGUCAAGUGAGAGAGGAGAAUUAAAAGAAACUCCUCACGCCUCAGAUAUUUGAACUUUUCUUUGGCCACCGAGUGGCCCUCGCUGUGUCUCUGUUGUUCAGCUAUGUGUUCGCAAUCCUGCAGGAACACGUGAAUCAUUUUGUAUUUAUAGCAUCUGGUGGUUUCCACGUCUAACACUGCAAACAAAUGACCUACUUUGCACUUUCUGGAUAUAAUCAUAUUGUUUUCAAGGUAUAGAAAUGGUUUAUACUUUUAUAAGGAUCUUGUCAUAUUCACUAAAUCCAGAAAAUUUCAUGGAUUGCCAGUUAGAAAGCACUUUACUUUGACCUUUCGAGUCAAAGUAAAGUGCUUUCUUUGUGGGGACAAAGUUUUGGGAGGUUGUUGAUAAGCAAUUUUUAUUGCUAUGAAUAGACUACACUGUAAGUUUUAGCCGUCCUACAUUCACUACACUUCAUGUUGUGUUUGUUUACUUUGUUUUGUGUAUGCAUAUUAGCCCUCGGUCAGUAUGAUGAGAUCAGUUGCAUAGUACUCAGGGAAGGAUUUGUGUAAUCGAUAAUAUUUUAGUUUAAGCACGAAGCUGCUAAAUGUCUGUCAGUGUGAUCAUGUCCAUAUUUGCAAAAACUGUGUGAAUCCAACAUUUUGUAAUUUAAGAACAAAUAGAUUUUUCAGUAUUGUUACUAGUUUUUUCUUUAUUGCAGAAUGUAUCUGGGGUAACAUGAAAUGUCCAUGAAGAUUUUGUAAUAGCAGCUGUUUAUGAUGGAUUUUUUUCCAAAAACUCUUUAAACAAUAAAUGACAAAACACACCAAGAAUUGCCCAUCUUUAACAUUGCUGCAGUAAAAGCUUAAAUGAUUCAAAAGUGUUGUGUGAGCCGUUUUCUUUCUGGUCACACUAGCAGUGUGGGUCUGUGGGUAAAGGCCAUCAGUGUGGGCCUGGAAGAAAUGCCUCUAUUAGAUUGAUAUAAAAUUAAGAGACAUUCAUAAUAUGACACAUCUCAUUAAUUUAAGAAACAUUAAAGAUUACAUGAAAUGUUUUCCCAGGUUUAAACUGUGAAAGAUGCCAAAAUUCUCUUUAUUUCUACAUUUAGUAUGAAUAAUUUCACACUGCCAUCUUGCAACAGUUACACUGAACAGUUAUACUGCAUAUUUAAAAAAAAAAAAAGGGAUUUAUUAUUGAG